UAAUCCAUUCAGCAAAUAUGAAAAACAGAGCACAUCCGCAAGGACAGUCCCAGUUUUACUUUUUCCUUAUUUUUCUGGCAGUUUGUCUGUUAAUUGUUGUAAUUAACUUCCGAUUCUCAGAACCUGAUUUGAAUUUACAAGAAUAUAAAGUAAAAACUCACAAAGGCUUUAUAACAAUGGAAGAGUUAAAUGAAAAUGUAUAUAAAACGUUUGGAUACAAAAUUAUUCGGCCUACCUAUCCGGUUCCCACUGUAAAAAUGGUUGCAGAGCCCACUUGCUCUGAGAUAUUCUCCGGAUGGCGAGAAGUCUCCGAGCAACCCCAGCCAACAUUCCCACCACAAGAGAUCCCUGAAGACCGACUCCAUGAGUUUCUUCUAAACAAUUAUACAGCAUUGGGACCGUACUACGUAAACGACAAAAACGCCGACGAUGGUGAGAAGCCGCGAAACUGGGACAACCUGUCUGAAAUGAUCAAGUGGCCAAAGGAGAAGCUGGGAGGCCAAGCCUACGGAAAUGAAGGAUUGUCUGUCUAUCACGCCAUGCAAUCACACCGUCUGGAUGGGAUGAGUGGAGUUGUGAUUGGAAGCAUGCAGCCGUGGGUUGAAGUCUCAGCUCUUGUCAAUGGGGCAUCAAAAAUACUAACUGUGGAAUACUUCAAGUUAGAAAUCCAAGAGGAGUUCCGUGACAGAAUGUCAUCAAUUUUGCCAAUCGAUUUCGCUAGCAACUGGGAAAGGUACGCCAGUACAUUUGAUUUCGCUGUUUCCUUCUCAUCAAUUGAACACUCUGGGUUGGGAAGAUACGGGGACCCGAUUGAUCCGAUCGGCGAUAUCAGAGAAAUGCUCAAAAUCAAAUGUGUCUUGAAACCAGGAGGCCUCCUGUUCAUCGGCUUCCCACUUGGCACUGACGCGCUUCCAUACAAUGCUCAUAGAAUUUACGGAUCGGUCCGUUUGGCAAUGAUGUUUGCUGGCUUUGAAUGGAUCGACACAUUUACUGGUGAAUCGGAACAACCACUUGAUCUCACGUCGGAACGACUUCACGCUAAACCACUUUUCGGGUUCAUUCAAAAUACGAUUGUUUUAAGAAAACUUUGAACUUUGAAUAA